AUGUUCUUGCAUUGCAGCCUCAUUGACUGGUCUUCGCGUGAUUCUGUCGGAAGCAACGUCCUUGUCCUCUGGGUGGACUUCUCCUUUCGAGGAAGUCAAGGCUGGUUGGCGUCGUCAUACUCGUCCGUCCAGCUCAUGGUCUUUGGGGCGACCGGUGCGGAAGAAGGCCAGCUGCUGCAGCGGGUCUGGUGCGCAAGGUAUGCAAUCCUGGUGCGAACUCUCGUGAUGCAGCAACACGAGAUCCGGAUUUUACCAAGAGGGCAUCUCGAUGAGAGAUCCGCACUUGAGUCGCAGGUUCUCUACAGCAACAAGACCCACGGUACGCUCAUGUCAGAUGUUGACCGUGCUGCGCAUGAGUUCGUUUGUUUGGGCGACCUCGGUGAGGAUGUGGGAGAAGGCCUGCUUCCAAGCGCCAGGAACUCUUCUCUCAGCUUGGCAUCAAUUCCAAGAAGGUUGGGAACUUCCGUUUGAAGACCCCUCCAGUUGCUACCUGAGUGCUGUUUGAGGGCUUCGACCUGAAAUUCCAAUGACGACUUGUCUUGACCUGAUGUAAACCACGUAUUUGAGGCCAUCGAUUGUGCAGAAGGGGGGAACGGGGAGAUGUCGGGACUCCCUCAGAUGGCGGCUCUUUUGAAUGGGCUUAGACGAAGUAUCAGGCCACCGGCGGCCACCAAAUCCAAACUUCCUGCUCGUAUACCUGCUCAGUGGUGGCCACACAGACGGCAUCGUAUCGCCCAGAAUUUGGGCCACCAUCAGCCGCAUUUGAGGAG